AUGAAGACAUAUCGUAGACAACUUACAGAACCAGAUAUCAGCAUUACGAAUGAUAUACUUGUGUAUUCUAAGACAGAGGAUGAUCAUGAGGAACACCUACAUUUGACUUUGCAACAAUUGAGAGAACAUCAUUUGUAUGAGAAGUAUAAGAAGUGUGAGUUUUGGUUGUCUGAGGUUGCAUUUUUGGGACACAUUGUCACUAAUGGGGGAAUCAAGAUUGAUCCUGCUAAGGUUGUCGCAGUGAAGGAGUGGCCAAGACCAAAGAAAGCCUUUAAGGUCAGAAGUUUUCUAGGUUUAGCAGGUUAUUACAGGAGAUUUGUGGAAGGGUUCUUGAAGAUAGCUACACCGUUGACGGAACUCACGAGAAAGAAUAUAAAGCACCUGGUCAAACAAGUGUUAGCAAAGCUUCCAAGAAUUGAAGAGGUGACUCAUAUCAGCAUCACUACUCAGCUUACCAGUGGAUGA